GUAGAAGAAGACUGUGAUCCAGGGAAACGGAAAUGUCAACCGAGUGAAUCGCAGAGAGCUACAUUAACAAACAUCUCCUCUUUCAAGCGGAGGAUGGACUGCUGAUUCAGAGCAACAAACAUUCGUUUACCAUCGUCACAAAGCAAACUGCGAAUAUGACAAAUGUGUACUCUUUCGAUGGCAUCCUCGUGUUCGGGCUGCUGUUCAUCUGCACGUGUGCGUACCUCAAAAAGGUGCCUCGUCUCAACAGCUGGCUGCUGUCAGAGAAGAAAGGAGUGUGGGGCGUCUUCUACAAAGCGGCGAUAAUUGGGACGAGGCUUCACAUCGCUGUAGCAGCGUCCUGCUUGAUCAUGGCCUUCUACAUCAUCUUUCUAAAAUGAUAGUCGGACAGGUGUGGAAAGGACUGGACGGAUGCGAGGGGGGAUGGACUCAUCUCUGUGGUCACUCGUUGACACCUCAUGGAUUAUUAUGAUGGAUGACUCCCCACUGGGCCUGUGGACCCCUGUGAAAGUCAAGCCAGUGCUGCCCCUUCUGGGAAAAUAACUCCUUCCUCAAUAAUAUGUGUGCACUACAGACAUGAAGGGCGCCGUCAAUCUGUUCCAUGGUUAUUACAGAGGGGAGGGGGAGCCUGCCGGUUCACAUACUAUCAUUCUGUCGUCGGGUAACCUUGUUUAUUGUUGUCAUCCGCACCAUAUGAUUAUUUAUACUGAAGGAUGCAGCAGAUUGAAGGGCAGUGUGUGCACAUUAUACCUUGUUCCUGUAUACAACUUAUCCUAGCUGUAUAUAUUUGAAAGAAAUAAAACCAAUAGAGAUUUGCUAGAGGUUCCGUGUGAUCAACCUGAAAAUGACCAAUCUUCCUCUCUUCCUGCUACGCUGGUUUCUAAAAUCACUCUUGUCAGUGGUGGAGGGACAAAACAAAGCUAAUAUAUAAAGAUGUCCUCGUGUACACAAUGUUUUGCUUUUAUGGAUCCCUUAUCUUUUGUUAACAUCUGUUAAACUUCUUUUUUUUUUAAGUUUGAAAUACACAUUUUGCACAGGCGUGUGAUGUAUGUAAUUUAGCAUUCAGUUAAUAUGCUCGAUCAGGGUUCUGCAACCUGCGGCUCGAGAGCCACAUGUGGCUUUUUAGUUCCUCUGCAUUGGCUCUCUAAACUUUCUGAAAAUUAGAUGUAGAACAGAUGUCAGCCUAUUAUUCUUUGAAAUUUUAUCUGCAUAUCUGGCACAUUCUCAAAAUUACUCCUGGCUUAAAAGGCUAAAACUGUUCAUAUUGCGGUUUAGAAAAAGACUACACACUACUGAAAUUGCUAAAAACCAGGUAAAAAAAAAAAAUAGUUGGAAGAUUAUCAAAACAAAAAAGUAGCUAAAAUAUUUGAAACCGUUGAAUGGAGCAAAAAUAGGUCAAAUAGUAAAAAUGGCUGACAUGACUUAAAUAUUGUGAAAAGUUGAUAUGGCAAAAACAACCAAACUACCUAAAUCAAAUGGCCAGGCUAAAACAGCCAAAAUAAUUCCAAUUUAUGCUUCUGAAUUGUCAUGAAUGGAUAUUGAGCAAAACUACAAAAAUCAUUUUAUAAGAUGUGUGAUUUUAUUUUUCCAUUGAGUGGCUCCAGAACAAUUUUAUUUUUGGUGGGAAGUGACAGAAAUGGCUCUUUUAUUUUUAAAGGUUGCAGACCCCUGUUCUCGAUGCUGAACGUGUGUUAAUGGCACAGAUUAGAUUACGGUUCACAAAAAGGUCCUGUUACAAAAUAGUGUCACAGACAGAAGUGGGACGUCGUCAGCAUAUCAUCAUUUUUGGAUAUUAGACUGCUGUAUCAAUUCUGCCUGAGGAUGUACUCGUAAAAGCAUUGCCAAAUAGAGAUGGAGUUUUCCAUGCCAUUUUAGUUUAUUACUGUUGACCCGAUUUUACUUUUCGCCAAUUAAUUGUUAUUACAAGGUUGUUUUGGAGGGGGGCACAAUGCAAUUUUGAGUAAAAUGUUGAUCAUA